CUUCCUUUUGUUUACUGUGCUCACCUCACUCACUCGUGUUGUUAAUGUUUUUGUUUUGUUCCCUUCAAAUAUGAACAAGGUUGUGACGGUAAUUUAACACCAAUUAACAACAACAGAAAAUAGGGACAAGAAGAGUAACAACUAAGAAAAACAAGAAACAAGUUGUUAAGUUGUUGCUGUUUCAGUUUUGCUUCUCUAAUAAGCUGUUUUGUUAUUAUUAUUGGUGGGGUUGCACGUUUCUUUGACUGUGUAUCAUGAGAAAUUCAACUGAUUCUGUUUCCAUUGACAUUGAUUUGAUACCUUUAGGAGGAAAGGAAUGUAUAGUGAAAACGAGUAAAGGUUCUGUUUCUGUGCUUGUUUGUGGAGAUCAAGAUAAACCUGCUCUAAUAACCUACCCAGAUGUGGCUCUUAAUUAUGUGUCUUGUUUCCAGGGACUAUUGUUCUGUCCAGAAGCAGCUUCUUUGAUGCUUCAUAAUUUCUGCAUUUAUCACAUUGAUGCUCCUGGCCAUGAGUUAGGAGCUGAUGUGAUUUCUUCAGAUGAACCGUUGCUUUGUGUGGAUGACUUAGCUGAUCAGGUUGCAGAAGUGCUUGAUUUUUUCAGGCUUAAAGAAGUUAUGUGCUUAGGUGUAACAGCUGGUGCUUACAUCCUCACACUCUUUGCUAUGAAAUACAAAGAACGAGUGCUUGGAUUGAUUCUGGUUUCACCAAUUUGCAAAGGACCUUCAUGGACUGAAUGGAUUUACAACAAGGUUUUGUUGAACUUAUUGUACUUCUAUGGUAUGUGCGGUUUGCUGAAGGAGUGCCUCCUGCAGCGUUACUUCAGUAAGGAGCUUAGAUGCAGUAUUCAAGGAGCAGAGUCAGAUGUGAUACUAACUUGCCGAAGACUUCUGGAUGAAAGGCAAAGUUUAAAUGUCAUGCGUUUUCUUCAAGCAGUCAAUGCAAGGCACGACCUCAGCGAGGGUCUAAAGAACUUGCAAUGCAAGACACUUAUAUUUGCAGGAGAGAGUAGUCCAUUCCAUGCUGAAUCUAUCUACAUGAGUAAAAAAAUGGACAGCAAAAUCUGUGCACUUGUUGAGGUUGAAGCUUGUGGCUCACUAGUAACAGAAGAACACCCAAACUCCAUGAUAAUGCCAAUCGAGUGCUUCUUAAUGGGUUUUGGCUUCAACAGACAACCACAUUUUGCAUCCUCCUCGAGCAAUGGUUCAAGUCCAGCAAGCAGCCCUUCUAGUCAUUCAAUCAUGGCACCAGAACUCCUCUCCCAAGAGAGUUUAGGAAUUAAGCUAAAGCCUAUCAGAACCCGUGUUCGUGUUGAAACCUGAAAUCUAUAAUUCAGUCAAUCUCAAAGUUUCACAGCCCCAUUUCAGCUUGGAGUAAGCUUCUACCACUGCACAUAAUAUAUAUAUAUAUAGCUAUUGUUGAAUCAUUGUACAACAUCAAUAGUGUAGGUUAUAUAUUCUUUGAUAAUGUUUGUUGACUAAAGAUUAUUUUUCCUGCCACUGUAAAAAAGUAGGAGAAGCCACAUUGUUGACUAUAGGAUUAUUCUUUUAAGAAUAUGGUUUUUGAGAUAGAUUUCUCUCAAAACAUAGUCUAUUUUGAUUGUAGUUGAUUGACCUCUUAAGCACUAUUGGUUUCUGUUGUUAAUUAUUUGUGGAGUGAACAUAUAUGUACCAAAUUGGCAAAUUUAUUUAUUAUUAUUAUUAAACUUGAUCAUUCUUUAGGCUGAUUGAAA